AUGGCUGUGGCAGUGGCAGUGACUGUGGUCACUGCGGCCGCAGUGGCUAUGCUCUGUGCAGUGUGGCCAUGGAAGUCCAUCCUGGUGGAAGACGUCAUGACAUUGCUCUGCUCCAUCUCUGAGGAGACAAAAAUGAAGGCGGCCCUCAAGCACUCUGGGACAAGUGCCCUGGUCACAGGAGCUGGAGCCUUCAUCGGUGGUUUAGUUGGAGGCCCUCCCGGACUAGCUGUUGGGGGGACUGUUGGGAAUAUAUUACAUAUAUCAAGGACCAGAGGACAGCUUAAGCCUAUUCCUGAGAUCAUAAAGGAACUGAAACCUGCUGAGCAGCAAAAGCUCUAUAAUGAAGCCAUCACCAUCCUUGGAGACCUAAAGUGUAUGGACCCCAAAGAACUGACCAAGCACGUUAUGAGCAAUGAGAACCUGAAACAGCAACUGCUGGUGAUGCUGGAGAACUAUAUCACCAAGCAGCUCCAGGCUGAAGUUUAG